AUGGGUAGCGGUAUAGAAUUGAAAAGGGCAGAAUUUCGGAAAUAUUUAGAACGCUCUGGUGUUGUAGAAGCUUUAACGCGAGCUCUGAUUGCCUUGUAUUCAGUUGAGAACAAACCGGAUGAUCCGGUAGAAUUUGUCAAAAAUAAUUUAAUGGAACGCGAUAAUGAUGCUAAUACCUUGUUGGAUGAACUCGAAGGUGCUCUGCAUCGGGUCAAUGAAUUAGAGCAGGAAUUGAUAAAACUUCAAGAAGAAGCAGGCUUACCGCCGGAUGUCAAUAUACCCAUGACACCAGAAAAUACUGGUUCAGAGCAAGAAUUAGCUUCCGGAGAUAUAGUUGAAACAAGCGGCGAUGCAGCAGGUGAACAAAAAGCUGAUGUUGUAGAUGAGCCGCCAAAAAUUGAAAGUGAAGUAUCAGAAGUUCCAAAUUCUGAGGAAAAUAAGACUUCGGAAUUACAGCAAAAUGUAGCUUCUGAAUCUGUUGAGAAAGAUCAAGUUGAACCUGUAGCCGAAGAAAAUGUCGCACCAUCGCCCGAAGAAAAUGUCGCACCAUCGCCCGAAGAAAACGUCGAACCCACAACGGGAGAAGUAGUUGGAGGUGAAUCAGCUUCUCCUCAAGCAGAGCAACAACAAGCUACUGAAGUAGAGCAACAACAAGCUACUGAAGUAGAGCAACAACCAGCAAACGAAGUAGAGCAGCAACCAACAACCGAAGCAGAGCAACCGGUUGUUGAAGAAGAGCAAAAGGUGGAUCAAGAGGCCGCCCAAAAAGAAACUAAACGACAGAGUUCAACACCAUCUGAAAUCACACCACCUCCUGCUGGCAGCGAGGAGGAAAGUUCGUCAAAUCAAAUAACAACAGUGGAACCAUCUGCUGAGGAAACAGAGAAAAUAGAGGCAGAAAACAACGCAAAAAUGAUCUAUGUUUAUGGUUGUGAGCGCUGA